AUGGUGGAGCCGCCGCUACAGGCGCCGCCUUCCCCGGCCGCGGCGCCCGCGCCGUUGGACCCCGAGCCCGCGGCGCCCGCGUCGGUGGAGCCGGCUCUGCCGGGCGGCGCCGCGGAUCGCGCGCCCGCCGCUUCGCCGCCGAGCUGGGGGUGGUAUUGGAGAAGUGUUGAGGCGGCCUGGGCGUUCUACGUUGGCUUCUUCCUGAUCCUGGCGGCGGAGGAGGCGGGCCGCCUCCGCGGGAUCCGGCCCACGAUUGAGACCGGCGCCCACACGCGCCACGCCGCCUGUGCAUUCGCGGAAGUGCUUGCUGAGCGUUUGCGGCGGUCGUGGGCACUGACUUGCGGGUGGGUCUACGCGGAGCUCUUCGCCGACAGGGAGGGCCGGCCAGAUCGGCUGCUCACGAAGGUGCUGCGCACGCCCUCCGAGCCCGAUGAGUUCCCCGAGAACCUCGUCGGCAUGUGCGCAUUCAAGGCGCAUAUUGGCGACUGCCGGCGAAUGGCGGUCAAUUUCGUUCUCGACCGGAUAUUCCUGCUUACGAGUGACGGGGGGAUCGCGCACGCUCGAAUACACGGCGACCGCUACCCUCAGGAGUGCAUUCGCAUUGCAGCUGGAUCCGAUCGCAUUGCGCUGCUCCGGAGGGGCGGCAAAUUCGAAGUGGGGGCGUUGAGUGAUGAUGCCCGCUCAAUCUCCAACCUCGCAAACCUAUUCAACUUUACAACCUUUGAUACUCUCGCCAUGCUUCCCGUUCACGUGGCGGCCAACCAAAUCAACCAGAUCUCUACGUCUGGAAAGGCUGUGGCGCUCUUGGACGACAACGGCAAAGCCGAGGAGCACGCCAUCGCCCCAUUCGUUCUUAAUUGUUGCCGGGUCAGCGAUUGCGCCCAGGUGGCCGCGUCUGGUAAACAUGUGGCGCUCUUGAAGACCAACGGGAGCUGCGUUGCGAUGGUACUUCUGCGCUGCGACGGCACGGCGGUGGCUUACGGGGCCAAUCUGCAUCACGAGUGCGACAUUCCGCCAUUGGGCGCCGACGUGACCUACGCGAGCGUGACUGCUGACUAUGGAUACACAGCUCUCCUGAGAAGCGACGGCGCCGUUGCGGUGCGCGGGCGCGACCAGGUGGGCGGUCUCAUAUUGACUCCGCCCUCGUCGACUUACACGUUCGUGCCACCCGCGCUGCCCUUGCUGACGCCACGGGCGAAAUUUGCUAGCAGAGGCGUGGUGUUCCUGUCAUUAAGUGGGGCGGAGCGCUGCAGAUUCAAUUUGCCACUUCCCGACCUGGCCGAAAUCGAGCUCUGCUACCUCUACCGCUGGUCGAAGCGUCAGCGGCGCUCCGGGGGGGUCGGUCACGGCAUCGGAAAGGUCGACGCUGUUCUGCCAAACGGGAGGCUUCUCAGUG